UUCCUCUCCCCUUCCAGGAGCUCCAUUGUCCACAUCGAUACCCAUUUGAAGCAGAAAACCACAUCCUGCACCCUCCAGGUUCUCCCUCUCCCUCCCUCUCUCUCUCUCUCUCUCUCUCUCUCCAGAGACAAAGGAAGUGAUCUACCUAGUUUUCCCUCCCAACAGCAGCCGUUAACACCAGUUGUGAUAUGAUCAAGGUGCCUUGGAGCUAAGUGAGCACAGAGCUGGAGCCAGGUUGUCGUGGGAACUGCCUCCUUGGCUGCCCUGCCCAAGAUGGAACCCCGGAUGGAGAAGGGCGAGGAGACAGAGAACGUGAAGAUCACCUCCCAGCUCCUGAAGGCCAAGACGGGCGAGUUUGACCUGGAGUCUAUCCUGCUGCUGAAGCUCCGGGGCCUGGGCAUCGCAGACCUGGGCUGCCUCGGGGAGUGUGCCGGCCUGGAGUGGCUGGACCUGUCCGGCAACACCAUCGUCCACCUGGGGCCCCUCUCCUCCCUCAAAGCCCUGGCCGUCCUCAACGUCUCCUCCAACCGCAUCUCCAGCUUGGAGCCCCUGGCCGGCUGUGAGAACUUGCAGAGCCUCAACGCAGCGGGGAACUUGCUGAGCAGCCUCCAGCAGCUGCAGUGCCUGGCCGGCCUGCGGCACCUCGAGAGCCUGCGCUUCAGCGACCCGGUGGGGCGCCUCAGCAACCCGCUCUGCGGCGGCGCCGGGUACCGUACCGCCAUGUCAGAGAUGCUGCCGGGGGUCAAGGUGAUCGACGGGGAGCGGGUCUCCGGGCGCGGCAGUGAGCUCUACCAGCUCUGCAAGGACAUUGACAGCUCUCUCAAGCGCUUCCACGGAACCGGAACCGGCGAGCUCAGCGGCCUGGCCAAGCCCUGGGUGGAGGAGGGGUACUGGGACGUCCGCCCCGCCCGGAGGAGCUCCAUCGUGGAAGAGGCCUACAAGCAGUUCAACGAGGCCCUCCAGGAGUGCCGGGACCUGAGCAAGCGCGCCGACGACACCAUUUCCCAAGCGGAGAGGGCCCUGAGCGCCCGCUCCGAUUCCAGCUCGUUCGUCUUUUGAGCCGCCCUGCACUUCGACGCCCUUCCCUUGGCGUUGCCGAGCUGGGCAUUGUUCUUUCAGUAUCAUCCUUGUCACUCACUGGCCUGUGAAGCCAUUAUUUUGCCCUGGCCUCUGUCCCUUCUGAAAGCAGCGGGUACGUCCACACCCUUAACUGAACCUGUUCCCCACAGCUCCUGAGAAAGCUUGUAGGAUCUGUGUGACCCUCAGGUCCGAGUCAAAGAGCAUCGGGAGGAAGUUUUCAGCCAACGGGACUCUGAAAUCUGGAUUAUCAAGUCACAGCUCAGCUCGUGUUGGGACCUUUUGGGCUACUUCGGUGUAACGUGGAGCCUAGUUUUUUAAUGCGGUGUGGACUGGUGUGGUGCUCCUCAUCCAGCCCCCUUUCUUAGUAGGUUGACAUCUUGGAUCUACAUCCAUUCACCCUCAAGGAUGACUCUGUCUGUCUUCAAGACAAGGGGCCACAGUGCAGCGCCUCUCGGGCCUUGUCCUCCGAGGUGAUUCUCACGGCCCUUUUCCCCACACGGUGAAACCACAGCGAGUUGACUUAUCCAGCACGCAGACACAGAAUCAGCUUCACUUGUCUUUUUAGACCACCAAGUCCCCACAUCCUCCCGACUAAACCUUGUCGGUGACAUAUUCCCAACA